AUCUCAUUAGAACUAGACGUCUUUGCCUCACUUCCCACCACAUAAAUACAGCACAGAUAUACGAAAAAAAAAAAACAUGUAUAAAACGAGGCCCUUUUUGGCGAGUAAAAGAAACCCUGAUGCUGAUGCUGAUCCUGAUCCUGAUCCUGAUCCUGAUCCUGAUCCUGUUCCUGACCCCGAACCUUUGCAACCUAAGUAAGCUAAUAAAUUCCCAAUGUCCAUAUGUCCAUUUCAUCAAUGUUAGGACACGCGAAAGGCUUUGCUACUUGGAACAGACAUUUCUGAACUUUGCAAAUAGUAUACGAACACUGAAGGAAGAUCCAACGGAGUCCGAGAUUGUCGAAAUAGACCACGAAGUGCCGCCAGAGGAAUACCUGGUGCCUUACAUCCAGAACUACGAGUGUGCGGAUAUAAUAGUCACUGUUCACGAUCGCGUCUUCCUUUGCCACAAUAUCAUACUAAGUAUUUACUCAAGGCGAAUGCUGAAAAUAUUGCAGGAAGAUGUUGACCAUAUUGUCUUUAAGUCGAAUGAUUUGAGCCCGAAAGGAUUCAGCGACGCAUAUCUAUGGAUGAUUUCCAGUGAUGGCGAGGUUAAUCCGUGCGAUAUGGGCGAAAUUUUGAGGGCCGCAUACUUCCUGGACAUUCCCGAGCUGCUCGAGGCCUGUUGGGCGAACCUGGAUAGGAUAACAUUCUUUGAGAUCUCUGCGUUUCGCCUAUUGUUCGAAUUACGAGGCGCCACCAACUUGUGGGAUGUAUUCGAUAAGCUGACUGGGCGCAUUUCCAUUUCAAUUUUGCCAGUCGCAUCGACUCGGGAAUUCCUGUGCCUCAGCGAAACACAAAUUUGCUACAUACUCAAGUCCAACUUUCUGGCAAUCAAUUCGGAAAUGGAGGCAAGUUCUAUAUCUAUACGACGUUCGAGCACCUAUAGGGUUUUAAGUCAAAUUCGCUUCAGCUUCCUGCCGCCCCUCAUGCUAAAGAAGUUCAGGAGUGAGGAACUCCAUAAGAUGCCCGAAUUUAGUGACAUUCUAAAGGAGUUUAGCAAGUCGCCCGAUGUCAUCACACUUCUGCGGGACUCGGUGUUUAACAGCAGUUUGCUCUUAACCGUGCGCAACAAUCCGAGUGUACUCGAUACGCAUGUGGAGUUCACGGAGGUGGAGCUAAUGGAGCCACGCCAUUGGGUACAGGAUCAUACCUGUGACUACCAUCGGAAGGUGACACAGCUGUGUCCAAAUAUGCGUUUCAUAACGCUAAACGAAUAUCAAGAGUACCUAAAACGCCUGUCGAUUGGACCCGAAUUCAAUACGUGUUUCAAGCAUACCAGGGAUCGGGAAUCAGAAGGACAAGAAGAUAUGUGGAAGCAUAUGUGA